GCUUCCCGUCUCCGCCUCCUGUCCUAGCAGUCAGCUCACUGCGUUGUACCUGCUCGCACACCGAAACUGCUUGGUAUGAUUCGGACUUUCCACGCCUCUUCCAAACAAGAGUGAUAUAUCUGCGGGCCAUAUUUGUACAGCUCAGUUCGACUUCAACUCUUCAUUUCUUAAAGCUCCCCAGAGGUGUCCACAGACCCGUACAGUUUCUGUGUAAGGAUGGACUCCGUUGCCUUCCUAUUGCUGGCUUUCGUGAGCUUCUCCACGCUUCUUCAAGUGUGGGGAACAGACAAUGUGACUGCCCUGUAUGGAGAGGUCAUUGUGAUACCAUGCAAUGGUGGAGCUCCAGCACCAGAGGAUCUGAUGUUUGUCAAGUGGAAAUAUGAGAAAGACGAUGGCACUCCUGGUGAUCUGUUGGUCAAACAGGCCAGCAGCGCAAAGGCCACAGUUCAGGCCACAGACGACUAUGCCCAGCGCGUCAGCAUUGAUGCCAAGUUCAGCCUGCUCAUCUCCCAGGCCACGCUCAAAGACCAGAAGACCUUCACCUGCAUGGUUGUAUCAGCCUCCAACCUCAUGGAGUACCCCAUCUCUGUCCUUGUUCACAAGAAACCGUCUUCAGUUCAGAUUAUGGACAAGUCUAAAGUACUGCAGAAGGACAAACUAACAAUGGUGGGAACAUGUGUUUCGGCAAAUGCAAACCCUGCAGCUACGAUCACCUGGAAAAAGAAUGGAAAGCCCUUAGUAGCCGAUGGGAAAGCUGUUGUGAUCACUCCUAGCAUGAAGCUGGAUCCAGCCACAGGCCUGUCCACCACCUCCUCCACCCUCCAAUAUGCAGCUUCCAAAGAGGAUGUUGCUGCAGUCUUUGCCUGCCUGUCCACACAUAAGCUGACCAAUCAGGAGACUGAACUGGGACCCUUUCCCAUUUACUAUCCAUCGGAAAAGAUUAGCCUCGAAAUUAUGUCAAAGGGACCCAUCGUAGAAGAUGAUAACGUGACGUUGAAGUGUCACGCUGAUGGCAACCCUCCACCCAGCUCCUUCUUCUUCCACAUCAAGGGCCAGAAAAUGCCAGUGGUAAAUUCGGACACCUACAAUUUGACUUCCAUUAGCAGAGAUGCUGGGGGUGAAUACAAAUGCUCCCUGGCUGACAAUGAGAAAAUGGAGGCCUCCCAAAGCAUUGCUGUUAGCUACUUGGACCUGAAUCUGACUCCCACUGGGAAGGUUGUGAAAGCAGUAGGAGACCCCUUGCCUGUGAUGAUUGAAAAGAACGCUUCUGGUGACUCUAAAGUUUCAUGGACAAAGAAUGGAAAGGUAUUGAAGGAGCUGCAGUUUAGCAAGUUAACCUAUGCUGACGCAGGAGUGUAUGUGUGUGAGGUUUCCAUGACCGGCAUCACGCGACGUCAGAGCUUUGAACUGGUUGUUGAAGGAAAGCCUAAGAUCACCAGUCUUACCAAACACCGUGCUGAUGAUGACAAUUACAAAGUUCUGACCUGCGAGGCUGAGGGAGUACCAGAACCCAACUUCCAAUGGAGCGUCAAUAGCACAGACGUAAAGGAGAAGAGCUCCUACACUAACGGCAAGGUCACCCAUAAAAUCACUGUGGUCCCCACGGUGAAUCUGACUGUCACCUGCAGAGUCAGCAACAAGCUGGGAGAAGAUACCAGGACCAUCAAUGUUUCCUCUGUUAUUAAGGAGGAAAAGGAAGAAAAAGGCGCUCAUGAAGAUUCAGAGGACCAGGCCAAGCUCAUAGUGGGAGUCGUGGUAGGGCUCCUCAUAGCUGCUGCCAUAGUGGGACUCAUCUACUGGCUCUACAUGAAGAAUUCAAGACAAGGAAGCUGGAAAACUGGGGAGAAGGAGUUGGGAACAUCUGAGGAAAGCACAAAACUAGAGGACAACAAUCACGCUGUUUAAAGGCACUCUGGCUGUGCUACAUGGGAUGAAUAUGAAGCAGCCAUGCAACAUUAAAAAUACAGACUCCCAGUUGGCUGCUGACACCCUCCAUCAGGCUGCACAAGCACAAGCAGCAAAAGAGUCCUGCCCACUGCCUGCUGUCCCACCUCACUGUUUGAAGUCUGCACUGAGGCUGCCUCGUGUUACUGUUUCAUUUUGUGUUUUCGUGUUCCUGGUGAAUGCUCCGUUAUGUUUUGUGUGAGCAAUUCUGCUCGGGGUAUGUGGUGGGUUUUUUGCCGCUUAGUUCCUUCUUCAGAAAUUUAUUUUAUAUUUGUUCUCCAUUUUCUUCAAAGAAUGUACACUUUUAAGGCCUGUAUAACAAAUUAUUAUUAUGGUUGUGCUGAGCAUGUCAAUGUUUAUUUUUAUUGUUUGUACUUUUUUGUGUGUUAAAAAAGCCUUUGUUAGGCUGUCCUCAGAGAAAAAUACAUUUUACUGCUGUAUAACCCUACUGAAACACUUUAAAUGUUAAGAUAACCUCAGCAUCUCUCCUGACUUAUGUUCUCUGGUUUUCAAACACUGGUAAAUUGUCUGUAUAGGUAAUGGAUGCCCACUACCAAAAGAGUCCUAAUUGUAGUCAUGAUAUUAAUUAAGGAACUGGAUGUACUAUGAUUUAUUUCUAUACAUCCAGCAUUACUGUGACCCCAAAGAACUAACUUACUAAGUUUUAAAUAGGAUUUGUGUAGUUGUAAAUUGGACACAGUCAACCACUAAUUAGUUGUUUUUGUAAAUUCCAGUAAUUUCUGUCACUCUUUGUUAGUCAUUGGAAAAAUUGUUUAAUCUAAGAAGGUAAAAAGAAAUAAAAAGUAAAGAAGUCCUCAGAAAAACAACUUGUAAGAAAUGCAAAAGAAUCUUCCGCCAUGUUUCUUAUUUUAAGGUUUUGCUAAAAAAAAAAAGUGUUAUUACCUGUGAUUUAGUUUAAUACACUACAUUGUUGUCUUAAUGUCUUCACCUAUCGGGUCUACAGUUCCUAUAGAAUAUUUUCUUUUCAUGUUUUCUUUUUGGAAGAGCUUUACUUUAUGCCAGGUCUAAAAAUCUGUCUUUCUGUGUUUUUGAUGUAUUUAUAUUAUGUGUGCAACCUUGCAAGGAUGGCAAUGCUGCAGCAUGCAAGAUAAUAGUUAUUUUUCAGCCUGCGUUGAUGUUUUGAAAAGGUACUGUGUGGUAGGAGAGUUACAUGAGAGCGAAUAAGGCUAUACAGUAUCUGUGCUCAUUACCUGCUAUAAUUUUAUCGUCAAUUUUAGCUCAGUGGUGUGAAGGAUUAUACCCCAUACAGAAGACAGUGUUGUUACAGGCAGACUAGCUGAGAUGCAUACAGAUGGUGUCUCUCUGGCUUUACAUCUUUUGCUCCGGUACAUCCCACAAUGCAACACCCUGGUGACCCACCCUAGGACAAAGGUUUAAGAAAUUUUUAGUGGAAUCAUUGACCUUGUUCAUUGUUGUUAAGUUCACACCUUUUACAUAGUAUGUAUGACUCAAGUUCUGAAAAAUCACUUUAACCUAACCGUUAUAUUUCUGAAAAUCCAAGGGGGAUUUUUUUUUUUCAGCGCCUGGCAAGAAAGUAUUUUAAAUGGAUUUUGUCAAGAGCUUCAAAUGAAGAUAUUAUUAUAUGUUGGUUGAACUUGAAGGAACCAUGCCCACAAGUUGAUCUUGUGACGUUUUCUUGGAUGCUCGUUUUCCAAACUAAAACAAAGAGAUGACACUCAGUUUUCUUACUUUAUUUUUGUGGAAGGUGUAUCUUCAAAAUGACAGCAGUGUCAUCACAUUGUGGGAUGGUUGUGACACUACAUGACAUGAAAGCAGUAGAUCAGCAUUUUAGGGUCCAUUUGUUUGCUCAUGCCUUUUGUUCCUUUUUUAAAUAAUCAGGUCAGCAGUGAAACCAAAGAUGGUGAGAUGAGAAGGCCAUAGUAGUGUUGUAAAUACAGACUUUUUGUUUUUGUACUGUUGUUGACAAUAAAGUGAACAUUUUGAAACAAA